AUGCAAGAGGCUCUUAAUGUGAUGGAGCUCAUGGAAGCCCAAGGCAUGGAACCAGAGGCCAGCUUGUUUUGCAUUCUUCUCAAGAGCUGUGCAGACGCUGAGAAUUUCGAAUUUGGGAAAACAAUUCACAGCAAAAUUGUUGGUACCCAACUGGAAAAUGACGUUUUCGUGGUGAAUAAUCUGAUUAAUUUGUAUUCGAACUGCAAGAGUCUGAAAACCGCACGCAGGUUGUUCGACAAAAUACCUAUUAGAAAUGCGGUCUCUUGGACUAGCAUAAUUUCCAUGUGUAGUCAGUCGGGCUUUCCGGAAGAAGCUCUAAAGAUGUACAGUUUGAUGAUAUCGGAUGGAAAUAUCAAGCCCAAUGCGUUCACUUAUACCAUAGCAUUGAAUUCUUGUGCAAAGACGGGGAAUUUAGAGAUGGUUAUCGGGAUUCAUGAGGAUAUCAUGAGGGGCAGAUGCGAGAGCGAGAGGAUAUCAGAAAUGGUCAGGAUCAGAGUAUACCCGGGCCUUGAUCGUAAACUAGGAUCAAUCGGGGGAUAA